CUCUCAAGAAGCUGCCCUUCUUCCAGGGAAAGGAUCCGCAGUUCAUCGUGAACAUCGUUACGGCCCUCAAGCUCGAGUACUACGCGCCGGGCGAUGUGGUCGUGCGCCAAGGCGACCCCGGCAACGUCAUGUACUUCAUAGGCAAGGGCCGCCUGGAGGUGCGCCUGUACAUUAGCGGCAGCAGCGAGGAGAUCGCACGGGACCCGGUGGGCAAAAUCAGCGAGGCGCCCAUCCUGCCGUCCAGCGCCGUGAAGCCCGCCAUGGGCGCCGCCAGCUACGACUUCCUGAGCGCCAGCAGGCACCGCAUGAGCUGCGUCGGGCCGGCGGAAACAUACAGGAAGCUGGGCGUUCUGUCGGCGGGGGAGUACUUUGGGGAGUACAGCUGCAUGCUGGGUGAGUACAGGACAGCCACCGUGGUGGCCGACCAGUUCUGCGAGCUGUACUCGCUGUCCCGCGCGGACCUGGACGAAAUCCUGGAGGAUCUGCCCGAGCUGGCGAAGGAGUUCCUCAAGAUGGUCGAAAACUACAUGCAAAAGGGAGAGGUGGACAUCCGGGGCAAGAGGCUGAGCAAAGUGGGGUACUUCAGCCAGGAGGAAAUGGUGGCGGCGGCAGCCGACGG